AUGCCCUUACUUCUGGGCCCCUUUGUCCGCUGCAGGUUCAGCGCUACGCUCCUCGUGCUCUGGCUCGCGUUUGCUGGCUUCACCUGCACCGGUGGUUCGGAGCACGCCGCCACAGCAACCCUUCCCGCCGCCUUCUCGGACCUGUUACCUCACUUCCUCGUGGAGCCCGAGGACGAGUACAUCGUGAAGAACAAGCCGGUGACUCUGACCUGCCGCUCCACGCCGGCCACACAGAUCUACUUCAAGUGCAACGGCGAGUGGGUUCACCAAGACGACCACUUGAUCGAGCGGACUGUCGAUCCAGCCACAGCGCUGCCAGUCAUGCAGGUGACAAUUGACAUCACCAGACAGCAGGUGGAGAAGAUCUUCGGUCUCGAUGAGUACUGGUGUCAGUGCGUCGCCUGGAGCACCACCGGAACCCAGAAGAGCCAGAAAGCUUACAUCAGGAUUGCAUACCUGAGAAAGAACUUUGAGGAGGAGCCGCAGGGUAAAGAGGUGGCAUUGGACCAGGAGGUGUUACUGCGUUGCCAUCCCCCGGAGGGAGUGCCACAAGCCGAGGUGGAGUGGCAGAGAAACGAGGAUGUGAUCGACCCGGCGAGUGACCCCAAUUUUUUCAUCACGACUGACCAUAAUCUCGUCAUCAAAAAAGCCCGGCUGGCGGACACAGGCAACUACACGUGCGUGGCCAAAAACAUUGUCGCUCGCCGCAAAAGCACCUCUGCCACGGUCCUGGUCUAUGUCAACGGCGGCUGGUCCACGUGGACCACCUGGUCGUCCUGCAGUGCCGUGUGUGGGCGUGGCUGGCAGAAGAGGAGUCGGAGCUGCACCAACCCCACGCCACUGAAUGGAGGCACAUCCUGUGAGGGGCAGAACGUCCAGAAAAGUGCCUGUGUGGCCACCUGUCCAGUGGACGGAGGCUGGAGCGAGUGGAGCAAAUGGUCGGCGUGUGGAGCGGACUGUUCGAUGUGGAGGAGCAGGGAGUGCACCCAGCCUUCGCCUGGCACUGGGGGCAAAGACUGCCAGGGGCUCGACCUGCAAUCUCUCAACUGUACCAGCGAACAGUGCCCACAGACGGUGAGCGGGGCCGAGGACGUGGCGCUCUACGUGGGCAUGGUGGCGGUGGCCCUGUGUCUGACUCUGCUGCUCAUCGUGGUGGUCCUGGUCUACCGACGAAAGAAGGAGGGCCUGGACGCUGACGUGGCCGACUCCUCCAUCCUCACCACUGGCUUCCAGCCCAUGGGCAUCAAGCCCAGCAAGCCAGAGAACUCCCAUUUGCUCACCAUCCAGCCUGAUCUAACCACCACCACCACCAGCUACCAGGGCACCCUGCGCUCUCGCCACGAUGCCACCGGGAAGUUUUCGAUGACCAACGGGCCUCUGCUGGACCCGCUUCCCAACGGCUCGCACACUCUGCACAACGGCAAGCUCAACCCGGACCCCUCGGAGUUUGUGAGCAGGCUGUCCACUCAGACCUACUUUAAAACGCUGCCCCGCGACGUCGCCAACACCUCCUACGGGACCUUCAACUUUCUCGGCGGGAGGCUGACGAUCCCCAACACGGGAAUCAGUCUGCUCAUUCCUCCCGAGGCCAUCCCCAGAGGGAAGAUCUAUGAGAUUUAUCUCACUGUUCAGAGGAAGGAAGAUUUAAGGUUACCCCUGGCCGGCUGCCAGACCCUGCUCAGCCCCGUUGUGAGUUGUGGCCCUCCGGGGGUGGUCCUGAGCCGACCGGUUAUCCUCAGCAUGGACCACUGCUUUGACGCAUGCCUCGAUAACUGGGCCGUCCGCCUCAAGAAGCAGAACUACGAGGGCGUUUGGGAGGACGUCCUGCUGAUGGGGGAGGAGCUGGUGUCGGAGCCUUAUUACUGCCAGCUCGAGGCCGAGACGUGCCGGCUGUUCUCGGAGCAGCUGGGCACCUUCUCCCUGGUGGGAGAGUCCCUGCACAUGGGUGCAGCCAAGCGCCUCCGGCUGGUGCUCUUCUCGGACGCAUACUGCUCCACGCUGGAGUACAACAUCAGGGUGUACUGCAUGGACGACACGCAGGAUGUCUUUAAGGAGGUGAUGCAGAUGGAGCGGCAGCUCGGGGGUCGGCUGAUUGACGAGCCCCACGUCCUGCUUUUCAAAGACAGCUACCACAACCUGCGCCUGUCCAUCCACGACAUGCCCCAGGCGCACUGGAGGAGCAAGCUGCUAGCCGGCUACCAGGAGAUCCCGUUCUACCAUAUCUGGAAUGGUUCCCAGCGGUACCUGCACUGCACGUUCACUCUGGAGCGGCUCAGCCUCAGCACCUGUGAGCUCACCUGCCAGCUGUGUGUGUGGCAGGUGGAGGGGGAGGGACAGAGCUUUAGCCUCGACUUUAACAUUGCCAAGGACACUCGGGCGGUGGACUCUGAGUUUCUGUUAAUGGACAGUAACGCCACGGCUCUGGCGGGGCCCAGCGCCUUUCAGAUCCCGUACCUCAUCAGGCAGAAGAUCUGCAGCAGCCUGGACGCUCCCUGUCCCAACGGAGCUGACUGGAGAAUGCUAGCACAAAGACUCAAACUCGAGAGACACAUGAGUUUCUUUGCAUCCAAAGCGAGCCCAACCUCUGUGAUCCUGGACCUGUGGGAGGCACAACAUUUCCACAGCGGCAACAUCAACCAGCUGGCCACGGUCAUGGCUGACAUUGGCAAACAGGAAGCCAUGAUAUUCCUGGUCUCUGAUGGCGAGUGCUAACCCAGAAAAGGGGGAGAGACUGGUGCAGAGGAAAAGUACAGAACACAACACACACAUGAGGAAGAACAAAAAAAAAAAUACAAAAAACACACAAAAAAAAAACAAUAACCGCAGCAGGAAUCGAAGAUCAGAGCUGUCCCAGUGUCCCUCUUCUUCACUUUAGAAGAUAAAAAGGGUUUAUGUAGGAUUGAGUCCCUAUUUCCCAUCAAAGAGUAAAAAUCUUUAAAUGUCAGACCAAAUGAGGGGCCAAAAAAAAAAAAGAAGUGGAGUUUGGGUGUGUGGGGAAAUGUAUUCAAACGCUCAGUAGAUAAAAUACCCUUUAUUUUCCAUCAAAGAUUGAAGUUAAAUCAGCCCUGGUUCUACUGUAAGCAUAACAUGAAAUGAACUUCACACCUUUAUUUCUUUUUUCUUUUUCUUUUUUUUUGUUUAAAUAGGCCACUUGUGGCUAAUAAGGAGCAAUAUGCAAAAGGAAUACUAUUACUGAUGGCCAAUAUUGCAAAUUCUGCAAGUGUUCUUUUGAACUUUGAUUCAAAAGUCAUCACAGAUUAAAUAUUAAGUAGAAGGAAGGUGACGAAAAUGUGCCACUGAUUUCAGGUUGAAGAGGAAAAAGGCGACAUAUGCAAUUGGCAGGUUUGUUACAUUAACACAACAACCCAGCGACGCUGUUCGUCAUACAUGUGAUUAUCUGUUCGGCUGGGCUUGUAGCACAUCCUGGACUCGCAGGUUUAAAACAGAUUGUACAUCAGAGCCCCCUCAGAAGAAAGAAAGAAAAAAAAAAACCCAGUCUCAUCUGGUUUGUGUGUUUUUUCCAGUCCAGCUGGUAUCACUACUGUGAAUGUAACAUCUUGACAUCUUGAUUCAGUGAGACGCUUCGCAGCUUUUCCUGCUUCUAAAUCGAUAUAUGUGAGGUUUUGGGCUCUCUGGACAUUUUUUAUUUUUUUUUUAAGGGAAGAGUGAGUAAUAUCUUUACUAAAGUCAUAUUUCAGAAGCCAUUUCUAUUUAAAGCCUGUGAUUUUGAUCCAUCAGGUUUAUUUCGCGUCUCAUAUUACCCCAAUCGUUCAUUGUGGCGUUUUUCUGUUUCGGAUCCCACAGCUAAUGAAGGAGCCAUAGGGCCGAAAGGCGUUCUAGCUGCAUAUAUGUGAACACUGAAUGUCAUCAGAACUCAUUUCUAAUAUGACAUUUUCCCCUUGAUUACAUUGAUUCCCUCGUACAACAACAUCGCCCAAAGGGUUAUUAUCCCACAUAAAUAAUGUAGUGCACUUUUCCCACUGAAAAUCUGACAACAAAUUCUUCAAAAUCUUCUCGAGAUUACUCAUGUUAGAAGGGUAAUUGUGCAGUUUUGUUUAUUAUUAUUCAUAAAGCAACGUUGGUGGGAAUUCUAUAUUUGCUGUGUGGCAAAGAGUAUUUCCACAUCAGAGGAAAGACCCCGUUCUUCAGAUAAAGUCAAGAGUGGCUUAUUCAUAAUGUCUGCUCACAAAAAGACGCUUUGAAAGGAUUUCUUUUUUUUUCUUGUUGUUGUUAUUUCAAGCCAGGAUGGCAAAAAUGAUGAAGUAGUUUCAAGCAAAAAUUCAUAAACUGCACCUGUUUAUUUUUUUACAGAGUAAUUUUCAAAUCGGGCGACGGUUCUCUUUGGUCCUAUUCAGUUUGUACAAGGUGUGAGCAAUCCCAAACUAGCCAUAGUUCUCUCUGUGUCUGCCUCAGGGUUGCAUGUGAAGUUGUCUGUUCAAAGUUGUAAAGAAAGCCCCGUUCAUUAAACCCCCCGUCUCAUUCAAACAGCUAGGAAAGCCCAUCCUGCAAUCUCCAGUGGUUUCAACCUUUAAGAAAUAAAUGGAGCCUCUUUUAUGAUUGUCAGAUAUUUGGAAUGUACGUUUCUGUUUCCUUGUAGUGGAGGAAAAGUGUGUCUUGUUUUCUUUUGAUUGUUUUGUUUUCUUUUAAAAGUAGUUUUUAUAUGGCAUCUCAGCACCUGUUGACUCAUGCCCUUAAACACGCCUCCCCUCGAUGAACACUGACACAACUCCUUUUGCUAUUUUAUAUGGAGAUGCCAUGAAAUAGAAAUGUUUUUAAGAAACCCUGGAAUCGAUCCCCUUUCAGAUAAAAUGGUGAUUCCACCUUAAAUGAAUCUUUUCAUGUUGAAACGGAUCAUCGCCACAUGUGAUAUGUAAAUACUUUUUCUAUACCAGCCGUGUGCUGUCACUUUGCAUACUGUAUAUCAGCAGAAUUGGUAACCAAAGUUUUCUGAAUAUCAUUUGAGGCCACUACAUCCUCAUAUUGUAUCCAUUAAAAAUAUUGUUUCGGCACCGUUUUUACUUGCAGCUAGUAUAGAAUAAGUCAGAGUUGCUGUCUCUUCUAAAGUGCGGACUUAAAGUCCAGAUUACUUUCUCUCAUUUCCUUGCAUUUGUCUUUGAGGCAAGUUGAUGCUGUUUGUUGAGCAGUAAUGUGUGUCAGUUUCUUUUAUCACUUUGUAAACAAAUGUAAAUUAUAUUUUAAUAUGAAGCCAAAAAAAGACACUUAACUGGCGCAGCAUUUGUCAAGUCUAAACCGUGACGUGUUUGCCUAUAUACUGUUCUUUGGCGAUCUAGCAGUGAAGACUAUUUGCAGUGUUAAGGGUUUAGGGACUGUUUUACAGGAGGUUUCUAUACAUAUUUUGUUCGUCCUUACUCUGCAUAAGUCUCCCUGAUUAUUUCUAUAACUGUAAGCAUUUAAAUACAAGCUGGAAGCAGUCACUGAUGCUUAGUGAAUCACUACACUGGGACUGUGUGGAGGCUAAUCGGGAGGAGGAGGAGGAGGAGGAGGACAUCAGUUCUUGGACACUGACGAGCCAGUGUUGACACAGCAUGUUUAGAUGAGCCAUGACAGUUGUACAGUCAGACUGUGUGUGAAAUUUUAUCACCUCCGUCAUUGUCUUGGAUGUGUUGCCUAAGCACAUUUCGGUAAUGUAAUUCACCAGCCGCCAGGAUGUUCAGCAUCUAUCUUCACAUCGAACUCGUCCGACAAAUCUAACAAUCCUGCAAUUACUGUGUGUGUGCGUGUGAUGAAUAACGGUUUCCUUCAUGAUAAAAAUCUGGGCCUGAUAGUUCCGUGUAAGACUUGUGUCAGUAACAUUCAUGCUUUGUUCAAGGGUUUAAGCUCACCCAUGUGUUAUGGGGGGAAAAAAAUGCUCCAUCUCAGCACUGUACUUUAUGUGUCACUCAUUACUAUUCAGUGUCAAGGAUGUGCGUGUGUUUGAGCGAGUGUUGGACCGGGCGUGUGCGUAUCUCCCCGUCACUCUGACUGAACUGUUUUCUUUUUGAACUAAGAACAAUAGACUUCUGUACUUGUGAAUGGUUUUUCUAUUUCGUUCCUUGAUUCAAUGUUCCUUGCCUUUCUGCAAGUCAAAAAUGCUGUAUUUAUUACAUACCACAGCGCUUAUGCAAUUGUAUAAUCCUUCUAUUGUUUUGAUUUUUUGUUGUUUUUUUUCUUCUUCUUUUUUUUUUUUUUUGGUUUGUUUUUUAACCUUUUGUGUUCCUUAUCGUUAAUGUAAAUUGUUGUCAAAACUUUUGUGGCAAUGGAAAAACUUCUGCUAAGGGAGAUUUUCUGUACUUUUUGGACAAUGAUAUGGAUUUGUGGGUAGAAUUUUGGAAAUUCGUUUCUAAGUGCUUUCAAGUAUUUACUUGGCCUUAUGUAUAUAUAUCUAUCUAUGACAUUUCAGAAAGGUAUGUAUAGUAAUUCAAUCCGAAAUUGUUGUAAAUAAAUUAUAUAUUGUUAAAUGAA